AUGUUCGUCUCACGUGGUUACCUGUUGAUCUCGAUACUCGCUGCUGUGUCUGCAGCGCCAAGAAGACACACCAGAUCGAAUUUACCGAUGUGGCAUUUACCGUGUGGCGAAGAACUAGAAAUCGACGAUUAUUUGGACACGAACAUCGAACAAGAAACCAGCAACAGUAUACAAAAUCUCAGGCUACAACACGAAUUGACUAUCAAUGAUUAUUUAAGUCGAGACUACGAGUACCUGUACGAGAAUGUUCGAAUCGGUGUUGAAGAGUAUCAGUACAUCCCGAACUGGGUUCCGGGCGAGAAGGACACGCAUAUGAUUAAGAAUCUGGCUAACACUAAUUCGCAAACGAUCGUCAAUCAUUUUCCAAAGUUGCACACGGAUCUUCAAAAAUUUGCUGUGGCGUUCGAGGAAUUGUUAGAGGACGAGAUGAGUUUGAAAAAAUACAAAGCUCUAAAGACGACGCAGUCUUACCUGAUGAUGAUGCUGUGCGAAGUAGAAAGCAAUAUCGUGGCCAUGCCGUCUCUUCGGAUUCCAUCGCGUGUAGAAAGGAGCAUCAUGAACAAGGUAGAACGAAACCCUGAGGACGAUACUAGAAGACUUAUUCGUGACUGGGGCGUGCUUCUCAAGUACAGAGAUUAUCUUCACGCUUGGAGGCACGUUUUCAAUUAUUAAGUAGCGCCGGAAGAAACGUCUGACAAUAACGUUCGAAUUCGAUAGUAGAAAUGUCGAACGUUUUAUU